AUGGAGGUUUCCUGGUGGUGGCUGGAGCACUCAAGAUGGAGAGACCCACCACUCACAGCUGCUGCCCACUUCGUUGCUGGACGACGUGCGGACCUGGACACUGUCCUUCAAGUGUGGGAACAGUAUACACUCGAGAGCAACCAUCUCUGUACUGAAUCAUAUAAUAUUGUUAUGGCUCUCUAUGCUCAAAUGGGUAAGGACUCGCAGGCUGUACGAGUUUUUCAGGGGAUGAUUGAUGAAGGGUCUCUGCCGAAUUGCAGGAGCUUCACUAUAAUAAUCGAGCACCUUGUGAAAUCUCGGAAGUUAUCGGAAGCAAUGGAGGUUUUUAAUCUGUUGCCUUUGAGGAGGGUCAAACGCACUUUGAAGCAGUUCUCGGUUCUGCUAGAGGGUUUUGAAGGUAGCAAAUGGUUUGAUGAAGUGAAAAUUUUAGUUGAUGAAAUGCAGGUUGAUGGAAUACUUCCUAGUAGAGGCGUGAGUUUGUUGCUGCAGCAGAUGAAAGAGGAAGGAAUUCUUGAAGACAAUGAGCAAUUACUGCGAGGAAUUUUUCCAGAUGAGAGAAUCAGGAGUGUAAGUUAUUCUGUUGAUGGUGGUGACGGGGAUGAUGAUGAGAAUGAGAAUAAGGUUGAAGACGAGAAUAUAAAUGAUGCUAGUCAAUGUGAUCUUGUUGAUGGAGUUCAUUUAAAACCAUGGCUGGACCCACGGGCUUUGGCAAGUGCCUUACGGAAUUGGAGUCCUGAUGAGGUAGCAGCACUAGAGGGUGCAAACUUUGUGUGGACAACAGGGUUGGUCUGCAGGAUGCUUAGAAAUUUCAAAACACCAGAAGCUGCAUGGAGUUUCUUCUGCUGGGUUGCUAAUCAAAGUGGAUUUACUCAUGACAUAUACACCGUACAAAGAAUCAAGACCCUACUGGCACGACAUGAACGUACUGACUUGGUUAAUACACUCAUCUCCAAGAUCAGAAUGGAGGGAAUGAGACUACCAUUCAGCACCAUCAGGCUGAUCAUUGACUUUUAUGGGAUUUCAAAAAAUGCUGAUGCUGCUAAGAAGGUUUUAAAUGACGACCGAAUACUUUGCGGUCCCAUAUCAAAUGUAAACCUGAUGCUUCUGUAUUCGUCUGUUCUAAGAACAUUGACUAAGUGUGGAAGAAACUCCGAUGCCUUGGAUAUGCUUGAUGACAUGAUUUUAAAUGGUAUUUGCCCAGAUAUCCAGACAUUUUCAGGCCUAAUGCUAUACUUUUCACAGCUUGGGGACAUAAAAACAGUACCAAAGCUCUUUGCAAUGAUUAGGCAGAGUGGUCUUGAGCCUGAUGCUUAUUUAUUUAAGGUAUUAAUCCAAGGUUAUUGCAAGUCAAAUAGAGCUGCACUAGCAUGGAGGCUCUUUGAAGAUGUAAGGCGCGUACGUUCAAAUUGGUGA